AUGGAAAGAAAAAAGUCUGCAUAUGCACAUACCUCUCAUUUCAAAACUUCAAAACAUCAAACCAAAUUCUCUCUCUUCCAAAAAUCUUCAUCAAACAUUCUUGAUCUAUACCCAAAUCAACGAAGAUGUUCAACUAUACCCACAAUCACCGGCCAAAAAUCGCUUAAGAUCUUCAUAAUCGCCGUAGAAUAUCAAAGAUCGCCAGAGAUAUUCAACAAUCACCGGAGAAUUUCAACGGUCACCGCCGGAAAUAAUCAAGCUAAAAACGACGGGAUUUCAGUGGACAGCAAAGCAAAGAAAAUUGUGAAAAGGAAAUUAAUAGUGGACAGCGACUCAGCGAUGUGGUUAGAUGAGGCACUUUUUGAUGUUGACUGGGGAUCAUUUUACUUCACUACACAAGUUACCCCUGUCAAAAACUCUUCAUCUGUGGUGCUCGCUGACCAAGCUAAACCAGUCAAUGCCACCUAAGAGAACCCUCCGUCAGUUGAUCCCGAAGAUGAUCCUAUAGAUGAUGAUUACUCUUGUUACUCUCCAAACACUCUUGUCUCGUGGGCCAACCACAACCCGUGGGAGAGUGAGCUUAGCCAAGAACCACUCAGCACUGAAAUUGAAUUUGGCACUCGAAGAUCGUUUCUUGACUAAAAAGUGGUGUUUACGUGAAGUUACUAGUAUGUGUGUGAAAAAAAAAUGUGUCCUAAUUUUCCCUCUCUCAUGCAAUAUAGGGGCUACUUUCCUUAUCCUAUGUUGUUUACCAUAUCUAGUGUUAAAGUUAUUAUGUACUCAACUAUUGUGUUAAAUCUAUGUUUUUCCAA